UGCGCUGGACUGACUGGAAAGGAACAAUCUUGAAAAUCGUCCUCUUGCCAUUUUGUUUUUGUAUUAUGCUAAAGAAGAAAAAGUAUAACAUCUCGGCUUGCAUCACCUAGCGGUGGAAAUAAGAAAGACACGCGGGCUCUUUGCUACAGACUCGACUGCUGGGACGACCUGUCCAGAAGGGGUUUCAGGAGAAAGGAGCGAAUGUGACGAUGGAACAGAAGAAACCAUUUUGUCUCAUAGUGCUUGCGACUCACUGCCCAUCUUCACACCACGAAGUCUCUUCCAUAUAUUAUCAACCUAGACCCUGCCGUGCACGAAGUCCCUUUCCCUGCCAACAUCGAUAUCUGUGACACAGUGAAUUACAAAGAUUGCCUGGGUCCCAAGGAUGAAUGGUCAUUGAAUCGCUUCGCUACAAGAUUGGAUCAUGGAUAAGUCUCGUAGCGUCAACCCCGUCAACUUCAUGUCUAACAUGCUCUACGCCUGCAGAAUUCUGUACAAGACGAAGCUGCCCUUCAUUGUCGUCAUGAACAAGGAUGUUGCCAUCCUUGCAGCUUGCCUCCACUCAGCAAAGGGUUAAAGAACAUCCCCUUAACCCCUGCCUAUUCCUCCUCCACGUUACCCCCGUUUGCUCCUCUCCACCAGCUCUCCAGCCAAUCAGGGGCCUGGAUUCCUCUGGGCCAAUGGGAUGGCUAGGAGGUGAUGUCAUGCAGCAAUAGCUGGUUGUGGUGCUGAUGCUGCUGAGAGCACAGCCCAAACAGUAGAGAAAGAGGGAAGGAAAAAAGCAAGAUAAAGAUAUAGGAGAGUACCACCAGCAUUGCUCAGCACAGGCAUACAGAGACAAGAUGCGGGAGCUCCCUCUAGUGUCCAUCUUCUGUUCCUGCAUCCUACAUGAACCCAAAGAAAAGCCCACCAAGAAAGAAGGUGUGGUGGACCUGAACCUGUGCAUCAUCAGGGAUAUGGAGGUGAUUGAGCUGAACAAGAGAAGGUCCGGCCAGGCCUUCGAGGUCAUCCUGAAGCCACCCUCAUUCGACGGGGGUCCGAACACCCUCGCCAUCACACCCCCACGCAGGGAGCCCUCCCUGGAGGAGAUCCAGAGGAAGCUGGACGCCGCGGAGGAGAGGAGAAAGUGCCAGGAGGCUGAGCUGCUGAAGCACUUGGCAGAAAAGCGGGAACAUGAGCGCGAGGUGGCCCAGAAGGCCCUGGAGGAACACAACAGCUUCAUCCGGCUGGCCAAGGAGCGGCUGGAGCUGCGCAUGGAGCACAACAAGGAGAAACGGGAGGCACACCUGGCCUCCAUGCUGGAACGCCUGCAGGAGAAGGACAAGCACGCUGUGGAGGUGAGGAAAAACAGAGAGCACAAGGAGGAGAGCGGGUAGAGAGAGAGAUGGAGAGAGAGCGUGGGGCCUCUGUUUUGUUCAGUGAGAAAAGGAGAGAAGAGAAAAUACAACAAAAAAAGACAGUUUCUUAAAAUGGAAAUGGAAUUUGUUUGACAGAUGAGAAUUCACAGUGAUGGAAUAGGAGGUGUGCAUACAAUCUUUUUGUGCUUAUAAGUCAACAAAAGCAAAAAAUGGAAGUUGGUUAUUUUCAGAGCAGGCAGAGGUGGUUUCCUCAGAGCAAUGGUGGAGAGACAGAAAAUCAAGUUGUAGUUUUGUAGUGCCCUUGAGUGUAGCGGAGUAUAACAGCGCUAUGCACAAUUUAUAAACCACACUGAGUGGAUAUUGGCACAUUUUGUAGGCUUGGCAUUUAUAAUAGACCAUGAACCCAGGACUCCCUGGAAAACAGUGGAAAUUGUAACUUGGUGGACUACCCUGGCUAAAUAAACUGAAAAUAAAAUACAAUUAAUACAUAAUUAUUUGCAAGAAAUGGAAAUAUAUUCUGGUCAAUAAAAUCACUGACACACAUACUUAAAUUUAAAGCAUUCUACACAUCAUACUGGAUCUUACUUUUCACCAGUAUGUUGAUAUUUUGUACAGAUGUAGGAUCUUAAUUUGAUCACUCUUUUGUUGCUGAGAAUUUACAUUAAAAUAAGGGCUUUUAAGGAGAAUAUUCUCUCUCUGCAGUAGUGAAAGAUAUAGGCAUGGUAUGGAAUAAAUAAAUGAAUUAACUCAGCUGACUUGCAUAAUACAGUACUAGGAGCAGAAAAAUAAGUUAUUACCUCUGACAUUUUUCUUAGAGGUUGAUGUUUUAGUUAACUAAAACUCCUAGUAAUGUAUUACGCAAGCUAAAACAUGCUGAAAUGCAAACUUGAGAUGUAUUUGAGUUUUAAAAGGCUUCUAAAUUUUGUAAUUUCCACUUUGAAAUGUCAGACUUGAUUUGCCCUAAUGAAAAAUGUAUCAACCCCCACAAAAUCUCUAUGCAUUCUAAUCACAUGAAUUAUAAUCACAUUUCCUGUUGCUGCAGGAUUAUUUUCCUGUUGUGGCAAACUAAGAUCCUACAUCUGUACUGCUAGUUUCUUUGUAUGUUUUCAGACAUAGUAGUUGUGAUUAGUCGUAGAAUAGACUGUGUUGCACGUACAUGUACUAUGUGAUAUGUCACUCAAUAUCAAUUAAAAAAGUAAAAGUCAGUGUAA